UAUUUCGGACUCUUAUUUUGAAGCGUCCCGUCAGCUGUCGCGGUCGGGCCGAACCUCCGGGCUGGUUCUGCUCAGAGCGCGCCUACUCCCGCCUGGUCGACACCCGCCACUCUUCGGAACCAUCAUGGACCUGGACCCGGCCGUGCUGCUGCCCGCCGUCCUGUUCACGGUGGUCGCGGUUUAUUUGGCUUCAUCGCUGCUCCGCCGGAAGCCCGACAGAACCGCCUCCUGCUCGGCCGGGACCAACAAGCCCAAAGUCGGACACGGAGACGAUGUUGCUCCGUCUAGACCGCCGGGAGAACCGCUGCUCUCCGCGGGACCAGAACCAGCAGAGAAGAAGCGGGACUCCCCGGAGCUCAAAGUGAAGGUGGCACCAGAACCCGCUCCAGAACCGGUGACGGUACCAGAACCAGUGAAGCUACCAGAACCAGUCAUCAAACAAGCACCAUCUCAAGUACCUUUUCCAGAACCAUUAGAAGUUUCAGUACCUGUGACAGAACCAGCUGUAGAACCAGAACCAGCUAAAGAACCAGAACCAGCUAAAGAACCAGAACCAGCUAAAGAACCAGAACCAGCUGUAGAACCAGAACCAGCUAAAGAACCAGAACCAGUCAAGCAGAAUUUGGGAAAACUUUCCCCAGAACUAACAGCAGCUCAGAAACGGGUCCUUGAAACAUUAAAAGUUGUAGAAUCUGUACCAGAACCAGAACCAGUGACGGUCACAAAGACUCUAGUGGACUCAUCUGUUGUACCAGAACCAGAAUCAUCUGCAUCUCCAGAACCAGUUAAGGUUUCUGAUCCAGAACCAAAACCUGAAGUGGUCCAACAGCCAGAGACUGAACCAGAAUUUGAGAAGGUGGAUGAGUCUGGACCAGAACCAGCAGCUGAAAAUGUCUCUGAACCCAAAGGGCUCGUGCCAGAGGAACCGGAACCAGAGGAUAACUCUCUGAACGAUGUUGAUGCAGCUGCAGCUCAAAUUGAAUCCAGCAAGUUGGAGGCGCUGAUGGAGGAGCAGAGCUGAUUCCAGAUGAAGUCCUGAAGAGAUGAAGAUCAGCAGUUUUUUGAGGCUUCGUUCAUGUUUUUGUGGCUUUAGCAGCUCUGAGGUGGAGCAGAUGGAUGGAUGAUGGAUGAUGGAUGGA